AUGUUUUAUGAAUACCAAAUGGCUUUAAUAGACGAGAAUGCACAGCAAUGUCUUUAUUAUGCGAUGGCGGGUUUUAUGGGAUUUGUUUGUGGUGCCUACUAUCAACAGGAGAUGUCGAUACGUCAACUCUUCGGCAUGAUCCGAAGCGAUCCUAAUAUUUUCCACCAGCGCCAAAAGCUAUAUCCUAUUUUAUCGACAUUUAGAACCGAUCAUGAGGCACGACUUUGGAAGCGAUCCACAUGUGUUUCGGAUAAAAUUCGAAAUUGUCUAAUAUUCUCGCUGUACGACAGCAUUAGCUCGCUGCUUUUCGAUAGGAAGCCACCAGUAUAUACACCUGAUCUCUUGGAUUUAAUAAAAUAUGGAUUGCCCAGCAACGAGAAUCUGUAUGUGCACAAGGAUUACAUUGUAUCGCAGGACCUGCGUACCAAUGCUCCCAAAUGGAUUUGCGAGCAUUUGAGGGGAAACUUUCGCCGAUUAACCACAGACGAUGCCGAGGGGGAUUCAUUGCAUCUGCGCUACAAUGAUGUCUUUGUGCUGAGCUGUGGAGGUACACGGCAUUGCAAGGCCUUUCAACGUGAGAUCUGGCGCAAAUUGGAACAACACGUCACCCGAAUGACGGAGAAAUAUGAUUCGGUGUAUGCCUACACCGGUCCAAUGUAUUUGCCCACUCGACGGCCGGGAGAGAAUUGGUCGCUGGAAUAUCAAAUUGUCGACUGGAUACCGUUGCCAAUGCCAUCGCACUACUUCAAGAUAUUGAUUAUAGAUCCCAAGAUACCGGAUAGUUCGCCGUAUAUGGAGGGCUAUAUCAUUGAUAAUAAGAACACCACGACGAGCAGCAGCUGCGAACUGCAGCAUCAUUUGUGUGAUAUCGGGGAAAUUGAGCGACAUACGGGUCUGCGAUUUUUCGAGGGAAUGCAGUCGGUAGUGCGUUUCGAGAAGGAAAAGUGUAAAGCUGACAGGAUAACGCGAUUUCAGUAUCUAAGUGAAUCUUUUGAUUCGCUGCAUGACGCGUCGUUUCCAAACUAAAACUUCAAAUCAAAAGCGCGCGCUGUUAAUACUGUGCGCUGCUUAACAGUGUACGUUAAUGUUAAUUCAGCUGUAGGGCUCGAUAGAAUAUCGAUAUAUUGAUAAUAAAUUUCAUACUAGUGAACUUUUCUUUUAAAUAAUCGUAUUAAUAAAUUGUUUUAAUAUA